GCUUCUUAAAUGAUUGCAGUUCCAGAGUCUUAUACGUUGCACGCCGACAUCGUGCACCCCUGUCUCGGGGUGGACGUAUUGUGGGAGGCAGGAGAGGGAAGUAGGAAUAAAGAAUAAGUGAAUUCUGCAGUUAUGUUAGAAAGUGGUAAAUGCUAGGCGGAAGUAGAGCAGGGACUGAGAGGUACCGUAACAGGAUGCGCACUGGGCCGCCUUGAGCCAGAGUACGCAAGCUAGAUAGAGUGAUCCUGGUGGCCACCUGGAGGAAGGGCAUGUGCCGGGAAGGGAGAGUGAGUUCCCGAAGUGGAAAGAGCCCAGAUGUCGGCGUGAGACUUGUAUGUGAGAAAGACCUGAGGGACCUGCUUGAGGAGGAUUGACUCUAAGGAAUGGCAGGACAUGCGAUCAGACUAGUGCGAUCCGGUGAUCUGCCUUGGAAAAGAUGCCAGCUCCAGCCACUGCUUAUGAGAGGGUAGUAUACAAAAAUCCCUCGGAGUACCACUACAUGAAAGUCUGCCUGGAAUUUCAAGAACAUGGAGUUGGACUAAAUGCAGCCCAGUUCAAACAGCUACUUGUUUCAGCCCUGAAGGACCUGUUUGGGGAGGUUGGUGCUGCCUUACCUGUGGACGUCCUAACCUAUGAAGAGAAGACCUUGUCUGCUAUCUUGAGAGUAAGCAGCAGUGGUCUGGUCAAGCUGUGGAGCUCUUUGACCUUGUUAGGAUCCUAUAAAAACAAGAAGUGUGCCUUCCGAGUGAUUCAGGUGUCUCCAUUUCUCCUUGCAUUAUCUGGCAAUAGUAGGGAACUGGAAUUGAAUUGAAUAGUCUUCAGUUUCAGAAACUUUGCUCUGCUCUCAGAAGUAUUUUUUGGUGCCUAUAUAA